AGCGUUUUGGUAAUUUGCGUGCCUGAAGCUCAUUGUGCAGCGCAUCUUGUGUUUACUGUCGAGUGUUAGCAAGCUAGCUUGCUGUACAAUGAGAACCGGAGAGAGUGAAUUUACAUUAUAGAUUAUAAAUCUUUGGUCAUUUCAUGCUGUAGCCAUCAGUAUAUUCACAGUUUUCUCGAAAAACAUGGACCAAAAGAUCCCAUACGAUGAUUAUCAACUGCCAGUAGUGUUUCUCCCUUCCUAUGAGAGCCCUCCUGCAUGGAUCCCUCCACAAGAGAGGAUACAUCACCCUGACUACAACAAUGAGCUCACUCAGUUUCUACCUCGCUCUGUAGUGUUAAAAAAGCCACCCGGUGCACAACUGGGCUUCAAUAUCCGUGGAGGAAAGGCCUCCCAACUUGGUAUAUUUAUUUCAAAGGUAGUGCCAGAUUCAGAUGCCCAUAGGGCGGGACUGCAAGAGGGCGAUCAGGUGCUUUCUGUCAAUGACGUGGACUUUCAAGACAUUGAGCAUUCAAAGGCUGUAGAGAUUUUAAAGACUGCAAGAGAGAUUUUGAUGAAUGUUCGAUACUUCCCUUACAACUACCAGCGGCAGAAGGAGAGGACUGUACACUAGGUGGCAGAGCUGACCUUCAUGACUGAACCGGUUCAGUGACGCAGCUGAUGUGUCAGAAACCUUCAGCUGCUCUGCAUCAUCUUCCUCCCACUAACUAUCUUCUGUGACUAAGAGACUGCUCAAAACAAAUCCUCUUCAAACGCUUCACGACAUGCUACUUCACCCAUAGUGGUGGUUUUGAGCUGUGCCGGUUUUGAAUGCAGCUGGUGAAAUUUUCAGAUACUUUUAACAUAAUUUUCAAAGGCAUUUGUUUAAUGAAGCAGAAAUUGUUUAAUAUAUCAUAUAUUAUUUUCUUAACUAGGUCUUUUCGUGAUUACAUUUCAAUUUUGUAUUCCAAAGCAAAGCAUUUAGUUGUUUAAUGAUUAAUGUCCUGCUGACAGACACAUUGCUACUGACUAAGUUAUUGUCAAUAAAUCAAUCUGCUCAUGGGAAA